CUCGCCCAAGGUCACGGGUGGUUGUGCAGAGUCAGGAAACUUGGGCCGAUUGGCUGCCAGUCCCGGCGGCCCCGGCGUCGCUGUUCGGAACAAACUGUUUUGGCCAGCCUGUAAAAUCCCUGGAAAUCGACUAUUCCAGCAAAGCGUCCUGAACUAGGAAAGCACCAAAUGUUCUGCUCAAGACAUGGAGUUGCGGGACAAACAAGCUAGACCCGAGGCAAAGACCAGAAAGAGGACACGUUGCAGGAGGAAGUUCAUCAGAAGGGAGAUGGUGGGUGCCAAGAGAAGGAAUGAUGGGACUCUGGCCAUUCUUACAAAAAGAAACACAAGACAUAGGCCUAUCUGAAAUGAAGACAAUGAACUUUGAAUUUCUACAUGGAAGUUCACAGUCUCCAAAUUUUUCUUAAACCUCUGCCAUCUUACACCACUUACUUGCCAAUGAACGUGGGAGACCAAAUGAGAAGAAAGGAGGCAAAUGAAGUGAGAAGGCCAGCAGAGGAGUCAGAAGAGGAUUUUCAAAGUUUGAUCCGUGUUUCAACUUGACUGUGAAAUGGCACCAGGGAGCACUUUCAGUGACAGGCAGAAGUGUGUGGAUGUGCUGGACCAAACCUGAAACAUUUGUCCCUUCAACCUGUCAUCAUUAAGUCAGCUGGCAGCUAAGCCACUCUGAGAGGACACCGCCACGAUGCCACCCAAGAGAGUGCAAAUUCAAGUGGAAGAAAAAGAAGAUGACACAGAUGAAAGUUCAAGUGAGGAGGAAGAAGAGGAGAAAGAUAAACUACCUCGAAGGGAGAGCUUGAGACCAAAGAGGAAACGGACCAGAGAUGUUAUCAAUGAGGAUGACCCAGAACCUGAACCAGAGGAUGAAGAAACAAGGAAGGCCAGAGAGAAGGAGAGAAGAAGGAGGCUGAAGAGAGGAGCGGAAGAAGAAGAAGAAAUUGAUGAAGAGGAAUUGGAAAGAUUGAAGGCAGAGUUAGAUGAGAAGAGACAAAUGAUUGCUACUGUCAAAUGCAAACCUUGGAAAAUGGAGAAGAAAAUUGAAGUUCUCAAGGAAGCAAAAAAAUUUGUGAGUGAAAAUGAAGGAGCCCUUGGGAAAGGGAAAGGAAAGCGGUGGUUUGCAUUUAAGAUGAUGAUGGCCAAGAAAUGGGCAAAAUUUCUUCGUGAUUUUGAAAACUUCAAAGCUGCCUGCGUCCCUUGGGAAAAUAAAAUCAAGGCGAUUGAAAGUCAGUUUGGCUCCUCUGUGGCCUCAUACUUCCUCUUCUUGAGAUGGAUGUAUGGGGUAAACAUGGUUCUCUUCAUCCUGACGUUCAGCCUCAUCAUGUUGCCAGAGUACCUCUGGGGUUUGCCAUAUGGCAGUUUACCUAGGAAGACAGUUCCCAGAGCUGAAGAGGCAUCUGCGGCUAACUUUGGUGUGUUGUACGACUUCAACGGCUUGGCGCAAUACUCCAUCCUCUUUUAUGGAUAUUAUGACAAUAAGCGAACAAUUGGAUGGAUGAAUUUCAGGCUGCCGCUCUCCUAUUUUCUGGUGGGGAUCAUGUCCAUUGGCUACAGCUUUCUGGUUGUCCUUAAAGCGAUGACCAAAAAUAUCGGGGAUGACGGGGGCGGUGAAGACAACACAUUCAACUUCAGCUGGAAGGUGUUCACGAGCUGGGACUACCUGAUCGGCAAUCCGGAAACUGCAGACAACAAAUUCAAUUCUAUCACCAUGAACUUCAAGGAAGCAAUCAUAGAGGAAAGAGCAGCCCAAGUAGAAGAAAACGUCCACUUGAUCAGAUUCCUGAGGUUUCUCGCUAACUUCUUCGUGUUUCUAACACUUGGCGGGAGUGGAUACCUCAUCUUUUGGGCUGUGAAGCGAUCCCAGGAAUUUGCACAGCAAGAUCCUGACACCCUUGGGUGGUGGGAAAAGAAUGAAAUGAACAUGGUCAUGUCCCUCCUGGGGAUGUUCUGUCCAACACUGUUUGACUUAUUUGCUGAAUUGGAAGACUACCAUCCCCUCAUCGCUCUGAAAUGGCUACUGGGACGCAUUUUUGCUCUACUUUUAGGCAACUUGUAUGUAUUUAUUCUGGCCUUGAUGGAUGAGAUUAACAACAAGAUUGAAGAGGAGAAGCUGGUAAAGGCCAAUAUUACCCUCUGGGAAGCCAACAUGAUCAAGGCCUACAAUGCCUCCCUCACCGGAAAUAGCACUGGGCCACCUUUUUUUGUGCACCCCGCAGAUGUACCUCGAGGACCCUGCUGGGAAACAAUGGUGGGGCAGGAAUUUGUGCGGCUGACUGUUUCUGAUGUUCUGACCACUUACGUCACGAUCCUCAUUGGGGACUUUCUCCGGGCAUGUUUUGUGAGGUUUUGCAAUUAUUGCUGGUGCUGGGAUUUGGAAUAUGGAUAUCCUUCCUACACUGAAUUUGACAUCAGCGGCAAUGUCCUCGCUCUGAUCUUCAACCAAGGCAUGAUCUGGAUGGGCUCCUUCUUUGCCCCCAGCCUCCCAGGCAUCAAUAUCCUUCGACUCCACACAUCCAUGUACUUCCAGUGCUGGGCCGUGAUGUGUUGCAACGUCCCUGAGGCCAGGGUCUUCAAAGCUUCCAGAUCGAAUAACUUCUACCUGGGCAUGCUACUGCUCAUCCUCUUCCUGUCCACCAUGCCCGUCCUGUACAUGAUCGUGUCGCUGCCACCAUCUUUUGACUGUGGCCCCUUCAGUGGCAAAAAUAGAAUGUUCGAAGUCAUUGGAGAAACACUGGAGCAUGAUUUCCCAAGCUGGAUGGCGAAGAUCUUGAGGCAGCUUUCUAAUCCUGGAUUGAUCCUUGCUAUCAUUUUGGUUAUGGUCUUGACCAUCUAUUACCUCAAUGCUACUGCAAAGGGCCAGAAGGCAGCAAAUCUGGAUCUAAAAAAGAAGAUGAAACAGCAAGCUUUGGAGAACAAAUUGCGCAACAAGAAAAUGGCAGCUGCCCGAGCAGCUGCGGCUGCUGGUGGCCAGUAACUUGCAUAGACACGCUGGGACCCAGAAGUACUCCUCCCCUUGCUGCUUAAAACCAAUGACUCACGUAAAAGUCAAGAUGACAAGCAUCGUGAA